CAAGACAAAUUGGGUUCACUAAUGAGGACUUUUCAUCCAUAAUUAGGCAAACUUACCAAAUCUCUUAGCAAGGGACCUCUCAUCCUCAACCCCCAUUCACAAAAUCUCUUCAAAGGCCCAUUUAGAAUCAAAUUACCUCCUCAACUACCUUUAACCAAUUCUUCUUCCUUUUUGUUCUCUUUAACCUGCAAAAGCAUACCCUCUUUCGCAGCUCUUUUCUCAAUCCCUCAUAUCACCAAUAGCCUUGCUUUAAGCGAUCAAAACCUCAAAAACCCAUAAACCCAAAUCCAAAAAUACUGAAACAAAAUCACUGUAGUCUUCUUUCUCUUUCUUCUUCAACCUCACCAUUUUCAUCUUCAAUUUCUUGUUACAAGUUCUCUCAAAGAUUCCCAUCUCCCACCAUCAAUGUGGCGGCAGUGGAGUCAUUCAACGGUCAAGAUUCGCGAUACUUCAUCUUCUUCUUCAUCCAGUUCAUCCCCUUUCUCCUUUUCCACUUUCAAAGAUAUCCAGCGCCUCUGCGCCGACGAUCCCUCUGCACCCACCAAAAAAUCCUCCAUAUUCCACCGCGUCCGCGUCGCCACCUCAAUCAUCCGCUCCUGGUCUGCGACUCGUCGUCUCACCCACUCCCAAUCCAGCGCACAGACCCAACUCGACUCUGAACCCGAAGUCGUUGCCUCAUCUGUUACUGAAACACCACCACCCCAACCGCCGCAACCAGAAUGCCAAGAGUCCCCACCGUCGAUCUCAAUACCGGGUGCUGAUAAACGGAUUGUCGUUUACUUCACAAGCCUUCACGUUGUUCGGUCGACAUUUGAAGAUUGCCGUUCCGUCCAAUCCAUUCUUCAAGGGUUUCGUGUCUCGAUCGACGAACGAGAUCUCUCAAUGGACUCAAGAUUCAUGAAGGAGCUACAGCAGAUCUUUGGGGGCGGUCAUACUACGUUGACUUUGCCUAGGGUAUUUAUCGGUGGGAGAUAUGUAGGCGGAGCUGAGGAGAUUAGACAGUUACACGAAGCAGGUGAGCUCAAGAAGUUUGUGGAAGGUUUGCCCGCAGCGGAAUCUGGCGUCUGCGACGCGUGUGGGGGUUACCGAUUCAUUUUGUGCGACGACUGUAACGGUAGUCACAAAGUGUACACAGAGAAAUCUGGGUUUAAGAGCUGCACCGCUUGCAACGAGAACGGUCUGAUAAGGUGCCCUUCUUGUUCCUGUGCGCCUCUCUGAUCCCUGCGAUCUAUUGACUUUUUUUGUUUAGAAAAAAAGAAAAAAUAAAAAAAUAUUUUUAAUUUUUUUUUUUAUAAAUUUAUGGGCUAGUGUUUUUUUUUUUUUCCCAAGCUAACUUUUGAGAACAAUUUUUUUUUUAUUUUUAUUUGUAUUUUUUAAUUUUUAGGUGUUGUAUAUUAACCUUGUGAAGAAGUUAAAAGAGCAUAGAGGGAAAGACCGUUAAAAUGUUUAAUACAAUUAUGCUUUAUCGCUUUAUUGUUUCAAUUGUUGUCAUGGUUUGCUACAUAGUUUAAAAGUUGCUAAUUACAUGAUAUGUAAUAAUUUCUUAUUAUUUACAUUAUAGAUCCCAUGCUAGUAAAAUGGUUUACAUUCUUAACACUAUUGAGUCCAAAAACUUCUCGAUGUUAGAACAUUAAGUCUUAUUUAAGGGUAUAUUUAAAAAAAAAAAAAAAGAAGAAAGAGAUAAAUUCAUUAAUGUUGAUUUUUUAAAAAAAAUAAAAAAAAAUUGAUCUAAUAAAAAGCAAUUUCUAAGCUUCAUAAUUGUAUUUUUAUUGUUAAAUAAGUUUUGAUUGUUAAAUAGCAAAUAAUUGAAUAGUAUGGUCUUCAAAAUGCAAUUUUCUUUUAAAGAUGCAUAUCUUCAUGGAGUCUUGUUAAAUUUGGCAAGUAUAAUAGAGUGGUUGUGUAUUGUCUUUUUCUUUUGGUCUUACCUGUGUCUUAUUUUGACCCAUGAAUUUUUAGGAUAUGAAGGCUGUUGCUAUAUGUACCUUUCUUUGCUUCUUUUAGGAUAAGAAGGCUGUUGCUAUAUAUACCUUCCUUUCUUUUUAUUCAAAUUAUUUUCUAUUUUGUGAGUAAUCUAGUUUAAGUUGUGAUCAUUUUGUUCCAUUUGCGACCGACAUUUCCCCCAUAUAAUUUGUCAUUAUUUUGGCCAAGUUAAUUGGGGAUGUAUGCCUUGUUAUUGUCAUGCUUGAUAUGGUUUUAAGACUUGGAUUUGAUUUCAUUUAUUGCUUUUCUGUGUAUGCUCAUUUUACUUCAAUCCUUUUUCAACAUGUUCAAUAUUUCUAAAUUCCUAACAGCUUUGAUAAUAUUGGUUCCUAAGGAAUUUUAUCCAAUAAUUUUUCAAAUGAUAAACGUGAGGCUAUUGUAAUUGAUUGCAAAUAGUGGAUUGUAAGAGCAUAUAUGAACCUUCGAAUGAGUUGGUUGAUGAACAGAGGCUGUUUAGAUUAUCCAUCUAUUUUGUCUAAUCAAGCAUUUGUUCAUACAUAUCUGUUGGUCUGCCUGUACAGAACACAAAAAUGGAGAAAAUGAGAGGUAAAUACUCACUAAAUACAGGAAAAUAACAAUGUUUAGUAUUUUUCUUCUUAUCUAUGAUCUUGUAGGCAUGUCAUUUGUAUAUCCCUCCAAUUAUUUCCAACUAGAAUCACUUGCCAAUGGAGCUAGCAAGUAUCCUGGGACCAUAUUUGAUUCUUCUCAUAUCAUUCUUUCCAUUGUAAAAAAAAAGCCCUCAUCCUCAUCCUCUCUUUCUUUCUUAGGUCUCCAUAAAUAAUCUUUUCCCUCCAAUCCAACCUCAGAGAGAGUUCUACUUCUAAAUUCUGACUUGCUGUCUUCUGACAUUCCGUAAUCAUUAAGAUAAGAAAUACUGGGUGUUGAAAACUGGAAUGCCAUAGCCAUUCUUGCUUCACAAAAGUGAUGUGUGAGAAAUAUCCGAGUCUAGUUGAAUCGAUAACUCCUUUCAGAAACUUUAUAAUUGUCUUGCCUAAUGCUUCUCUCUCCAUGAGAUUGAGAGCAACCAUGUAAUUCAAGGCAGUUCAUUCACUUCUACCACUUUUCUAUUCUCUCUCCUCCCCCUCCCCUCCUUUUCUUUGUUGCCUUCCCCAUUUUGUUUACAAACGCUUUCGUGACAUGUCAUAUCAUCUCCUUCACCAUCAAUCUGGAACCAAAAUAUGUGCAUGUUCAUGUUGUUGCACUUUGUAUCUUUGGACCUUUAACAGAAACAAUGCAACCACUAUCCCAUUUGAAAUCAACCAGGCAAGUUUCUCUGCCUUCUAAAUUCAUCAACCCUUCAAUCAGUGAAUACCAUUGCUUCUAAUUUUCCCUUUUAUUAUUCUUGUGCGCUGGCCUGCUGCUGCCUUCUCUGACAGAAACAACACAUUGAAGAGUUCUUAUUUUUAUUUUAUGUCAGUUAUCUGUAUUUUCUCUUUAUCAAGUAACUUCAACUCCUUGUUCACUCAACUUCAAUUUUUUUUUUCUUUUAAAAGCUGUCCAAGCGACAUUGCUAAAUACUGUUAUUCUUCUGA